AUGGCUCUCACUCGUCCCAAUCCCCGCUUCCUCAACCGCACAAGCCGCAUCUUCUCAUCGCAAAUCCGAUGCUACGCUGCGCCAGGUGAAGGCACCAUCCCACCAGCAAAAAAAAAAUAUGUGCCUACGACUGGCACCUACCCGCUCGGCUUCAAAGCAGGUAGCACGCAUGUCGGCGUGAAAGCGUCCAACACGCGCUUCGACGACCUCGCCCUCAUCGCCUCGGACAUGGAAUGUUGCGCCGCCGCCGUCUUCACGACAAACAAGUUCCAGGCUGCACCUGUGACGGUCAGCAGGGACUUGUUGGAUCAAAAACAGGGCCAAGAUAUCCGCGCCGUCAUCAUCAACUCGGGGUGUGCGAAUGCAGUGACGGGCAAGGGAGGCGUCGCCGAUGCAAUCACCAUGGGUCGAGAGACGGACAAGUGCUUCACCAGCAAUGGAUCCAACGACGGCCAGAAAGAUCAAAAUUCUUCCACCAUUGUCAUGAGCACCGGAGUCAUCGGUCAACGGCUUCCCAUUGACAAAAUCACCUCCAAGAUCCCCACCGCAUACACCAACCUCGGAAGCACACACGAGCACUGGCUCAGCACCGCCCGCGCAAUCUGCACCACAGACACCUUCCCCAAACUACUCUCCCGUACCUUCACCCUACCCGGCCACAAAGAGGAGUACCGCAUCGCAGGCAUGACCAAAGGCGCCGGCAUGAUCCACCCCAACAUGGCCACCCUCCUCGGCGUCAUGUGCACCGACGCCCCCAUUGCCGCAUCCCCCCUCCGCCACGCCCUCCAAGCCGCCGUCAGCAAAUCCUUCAACAGCAUCUCCAUCGACGGCGACACCUCCACCAACGACACCGUCGCCAUCCUCGCCAACGGCGCCGCCGGCGGCCCCCCCAUCACCCAACCCACAUCCCCCCAAUCCACAGCCUUCACCAACAUGCUCACCACCUUUGCCAUCGACCUCGCCCAACUCGUUGUCCGCGACGGCGAAGGCGCCACAAAAUUCGUCACCAUCCACGUCACAGCCGCACAAUCCUACGCCCACGCCCACCGCAUCGCCUCGACCAUUGCACGCUCCCCACUCGUCAAAACCGCACUCUACGGCAAAGACGCAAACUGGGGCCGCAUCCUCUGCGCAACGGGCUACGCAGACGGCGUGGAUUCAAUCAUUCCCGCCGAAACGAGCGUCAGCUUUGUGCCCGUCGACGGCAGUCCCGCCCUCGAUCUCCUCGUGCGCGGCGAGCCUGAAGUCGUGGACGAGGCGCGCGCCGCUGCUAUCCUCGAGGCCGAGGAUUUGCAUAUCCGGGUUCGGCUGAGUGAGGGCCGCGAGGGGUAUACGCAUGAGGCGCGGUUUUGGACGUGUGAUUUUUCUCACGAGUAUGUUACUAUUAAUGGGGACUAUCGGACUUGA